AUGAUUGGUUUCGUCAGCAACUCCUGCACGGAGAGAGUCGACUCGGUGUCCAUCAUCGGCAGUAACAGUCAGCUCAAUAACAGCCCCGUGGCACAGUACGUCCCUGAUUUUAACGUGCGGGCCCUCACUGACCUGCAGUAUGUGAAGGUCACUCGUUCGCAGUACCAAACUGGCCUCCUGGCUUCGAAACUGGACAGCAUGCCCCAGUCCCCUGAGAGCAGCCAUAUCCGUCUGGAUCCCGGCCCUCUUCCACCUCUGACCCCUCCCAUGUCCUCCACCGUGAACCACACCACAGCGCCGCCGGCACCCAGAGAGAACGGGCCGGAUGAGACAACCUCGCUGCUCAACGACAAGAACAGCCUGUCCAAACGCCGUCCGAGCCACAUCCACCCUCAGAACCAGCCGCACCUGAACACCAACUCCAACUCCAGCCCCGCCCCCCAUCCCCACGGCAACAGCAGCCCGACGCCCCUCCCCAACCCUCACGCGCAUCACAUGCACACGUUCACGCACGCGCACACCGAGAGCACCAUUUGACGACACUAAUCUGGGGCUCAGAGAGCUCCAGAGCUGACUGAAGGCGAUCGCACAAGCACAAAUACACUCUUUCUCUCGAUUCGAGAGGACAAAGGUAUGUUAAAAAACUCCAAAAAGGAGCGUCGUCUUCAACACUGGACGUGAUCUCACUGUGAUUUUAGGGGCUGCGGGUUCAGCCCGACAUUGAGGUGUUUAGUUAUGCAGACUGUUAUGCCUGCUAUUGCAUGCUUAUCAUGUAGACACUCUCUCAAAGCUUUCAGCAUUGGUAUGCAACAAAUACCGUUUAAAGGCAUUAUACAAUUUCAUCAGUAUCUAACAGAAUUAUUGAACAAUAUGCACUUUUUAUAAUGUCUCUGACCCAGCAGCAUACAUUUGAGUGCUGUAGUUUUCUGAGAUUUUGACCAUAGGAGCACUUUGAGUCUCAUAAGCUAUUAUUGGACUGAACUAUCCUUUUAGCACAAACAAAGACAGUUCUGGUCUAGUUUUCCUGCUGUAUAGUACUAUAUGAUUUUGACAGCUUUCUUUCAAAGUCGAACGCAUCAAGCCAAGGUGUUUUGGUAAUUGUGGCUAUGUGAUGUAGCUGUAUGUGGCGCAAUCAUAGCUCUACGUGACAAACGUGAAGGGAAACUUUGUAAAUAUAGUUUGGAGACGUGAAAUUUGCUGACGCAGAUAUGGUUUGGAAAACCCGACGUGGUCAGUUAGUGCUCAAAACAGACAUUUGUAACAAAAAAAACAAAAUGAGCAUUGACCACUGCCUAUUCAGAUCUGUGAUAAAUGAUUCAAAACAUGAUAUAAUA